AUGCGGGUGUUAUUCAGGAUGCAGCCAAAAUGCCCUGGUCCAGUCGCUGGACGCAAGGGGCGUUCUGGCCUUCCGACAGGUAGUCGCGGGACAAGGAACUUUGGCGGCUUAACAUUCCGAUCCGCAGCAGCUCCUGCAGCCAGCAGCUUGAAGGCUUUACCGGCAAAAAGCGUCCAAGACUUCCUCGCUGCAGUUCAGGAAUGCAAAGUUCAGCAAGCUCGAGAACUUUUUCACCAGGUUCGAACAGCUGUUGGGACGAGGGCCAAAUCAAAGGAAGUCUUUGGUGGUCUGCGCGCUCUCUUGCACUAUCUGCUUGAGACGUAUGCAAAUCUCGACAAGUUGGACCAGGCAGUGGGUCUUCUGGAAGAGUUGCGGCAUACGGAGGUCAAGCUGGUCAGUGCCGGCGCUUUCAACGCAAUGCUGCGCGGGCUCGUCUCCCGUAGCUCCUUUGAGAAGGCUCAAUGGCUUGUCCGUAGCGAGAUGCCCCGCUUUGGCCACAACCCAAACGAGGGUUCCUUGAACAUGCUCAUGGAUUCUGCAGCCCGAUCCGGACCACGUUACCUCGACGAGGCAUUUGACAUUCUAGAGGAAAUGCAGCUUCAAGACAUGAGUGCAGACAAGUACACUGUCUCAAUAUUGACAAAGCACUUGUCGGACAGAAUCUCCGAUAAACGGCGUGUGCCGCGGGGGGUGAUGAUGGUGGAGCGCUUCUUGCAGAUGCAGCCGGAGGACGUGGACGAGGUCCUCGUGAACUCCCUCUUAGAUGUCUUCUGCAAGCUUGGCGACAUGUCUCGGCUCGAGGAGACGCUGGCCCUGAUGAAGCGCUAUGGAAUCAAGGGCUCCGCUGUGACAUAUGGGACCAUCGUGAAGGCAUACGGACAUGCAGGCAACAUCGACCGAGUAGUGGAGGCUUGGGCCGAGAUGCAUCGGGAAGGUCUGGAAGCCAACGCGGUGACCUACGGAUGUAUGCUCGAUGCUUGUGUCAAGUGUGGUCACCUGGACAAGGCGCUGCAGACUUUUGAGAUCAUGAAGCAGAGGGGCCUCCACAGGAAUACGAUUCUCUAUGCCACUCUUAUCAAGGGCUUCGCGAAGACAAAGGAUCCAUCUGCGGCAAUGAACUUGUAUCGAGAGAUGCGCUCUGAGCAGGUACCGUGCAAUGUGGUUGUCUUCAACAGCUUGAUCGAUGCCUGCGUCCGUGCCUGCGACCUGCAGGGUGCGGCCGAGGUUCUUCAGGAAAUGACUGCCACGAAUGUGCAGCCUGAUCUGAUUACGUUCAGCACUCUGAUCAAAGGAUAUUGCAGCAGCGGUGACUUGCCAAAGGCCAUGCGGCUUCAAGAAGAACUCCAAGCUCGCCAUCUCGAGUGUGAUGAGAUUGUGUACAACUCGCUUCUCGAAGGCUGCGUGAAGGCUGGCGAUCUCCAACUCGGCCUGCGCAUGUUCUCGGAGAUGCGGCACAAGCAUGUCCGGCCAAGUGCCGUGACCUUCUCGAUUCUGGUCAAGCUUCUCUCGCAUGCUGGACGUCUUGACUUGGCCGUGCAUCUUGUGGCAAAGGAGAUGCGCCAAAUUCACGGUGUGCAGCCGACACGGAUGGUUUGGUCAUGCCUCAUAACUUCCUGCUUGAAGUCGCGAGAUCUGAACAGAGCUGUCAUGGCCCUGGAGUUGUUGGACAGUGACGCUGUGACACUGGGGACUGGCGGCCGAGCGUCGAUGUACGGCGCCGUCCUUGAGGCCUCCCUCGCUCGUGGAGAGGUUGGGACCGCCCUUCAGUUGAUUGACUUUGCCUUCAAUCGUGCUCACGCAGAAGAGGCAUGCUCCGCGUUGUCUGUGGAUCUUCUGCGGCGUGUCUUCGAGACUGCGGGCAUGCGAGGGUUAGAGGCAGAUGCGCAGCAGGUUCUCAUUGCUAUUGCGCAUCACAUCGAGAGCAAUGUUCAGACGAUGUUGAGAUCUGCGCUGGAGACGGCAUCCCGGCAAAGGCCACGACAAGGUGACGACGAAACAGGCGGUUUUGCAAGAUCGGUUCUGGACGAUAGCCACGUCUGGUCGCAGUGGGAGCCAUCUUAUCCAUCAGCGCCGUUUAUGCAGGAACCGAUGCCGCCCAUGCCCAGGUGCGAGGCCUGGGAUCCCUAUGCUUGGCAGGAGUCGUACUCCAACUUCUUCCAUCCUCAUCCUCCUUCCGCCUGGUCUGAUGCGGCGGCGGUGACACGAUCAUACCCUUGGUCGCAGCAGCCAGUCUGGAAUGCAGCGGGUUGGGGAUCUGGCAGAGGUGCCGAGCUUUUAGAAUCAGUCCUGAACAUCCCCAGGGAGGUGUCAGCUCAGUCUGAUUUCGAGGACCCUCUGACGCCGGCGCUGUGCCAUGCAAAGGCCGUCGAAGAUGAGUUCACCCCCGUGACGACAGCUGGUAAGUCAUCGGCGUGUGGGAGCUCCUUUGAGGAGGGAUACGGAGACGACGUGAUUCUGCAGAAAGUCCUCUUCAGCGAGAGCGGACCCUUCUCCAAAGUCCACGUCGAGGUGCCUCCGGGUCUCUGA